CGAGAAAUGACUGGGUACUGCACUUUCGAUUCAAUAUGGCGAAGCUUUAAAAUGUGCAAAUUAAGGAAGAAUGCUCAUUUAAAAAACCCUUAAAACAUGGGAAAUGUAACAGGUGGAGGCGUGAACGAUGGAGAUGAUGAUGAAAACGAAUUUUACGAGGAUGGAACAGAGAACAGUUCACCAUCAGGUGAUAUCACUGAGGGAGCUUUAGACCUUGCUAUGCUAUUUGAUCAUGGCUUAUUACGAGAUGCUGCAUCAAAGAUCAAAGAGGAACCAAAUGAGUCUUUCAUGCAGCAACACUCAAGUAGCAUUGUACGGUGGCUUGAAGAAAGAAGAGCCAGACAUGAGGAAUAUGUUAGUUUAUCGCAGUUCACAGACAUGCUGACCGGCAGAGGAGCCAGUAAGGAAGACUGUUUAGAGUUAUUUAGUCAAUUUGAUGCUGAUGGAGAAGGAUUUGCUGAUGUAGAAACUUUUCUGGAGACCCUCCAAACCUUCGGUGGUGGAAUCAGUGCCAAAGGAGAUUUAAGGACUUCAAUAAAGACCCUACAAAACUGCUGUCUUACGCCAGGAUUUGUGGACUGUUUUGCUGAGAACAAGGAAGCAGUUGUGAAUCAUGGUCGUAAAUUGCUUAAGUUCUUGCUGAGAAACAGAGCCACUAGUACAUCUCUUCCUUUGCCUGCCCUAGAAGGAUUCUGUAACACUUCUGAAAUGAGACUGAAAGUUUUACAGGCUUUCAUGGAUGCACUGAAAGAGAAAGCUGAAGUACAGAAGCAGGUCCCAUCCGUGGAAGAAGGUGAAGUGCUCAAGCCCUUGAUGAAAUGUUACACAGCACUUGAAGUGUCAAGCAGCAAGGGCGACAUUGCCAGGUUGACAAAUGGAGACACAGGUUCUUACUGGCAGUCAGAUGGACCUGCCAGGUCUCACUGGAUAAGAUUACGAAUGCGGCCAAAUGUUGUGCUAAAACAACUGUCAAUCAAUGUAGGCUCAUCUGACCAGAGUUACAUGCCACAACAUGUUGUUGUAACAGCAGGACGGGAUGAGCAGAAUCUCAGGGAAAUCAGUGACUGUAGGAUCCCUAGUCAGUUCAAUGGGGACUUUGUUUUGGUGGAUAACGUGAAAAUUCCUUAUCCAGUGAUACAAAUCAAUAUUAGAAGAUGCCACAGUGAUGGCUGUGAUACAAGAAUACGAGGAAUCAAAGCUGUGGGGUACAGAGUUUUGAAAAGUAAAGGCAUGAGUGUGGGUGAUGCAUCAGCUGUAUGGUUUCUGUCUGUUCUGGGAGCGACUGCUACUGCUGCUAUGCCUAUGGCACCACACCUUAGGGAUCUUAUCUUGUCUCAUACAAGGUCAGCCCUAAGCCACAUGAGGCCAAUGUCAUUAUCCUUAACAUCACCAGACAGACCAGCAUCCCUCUCUCAUAAUGUUCUUGAGGAAAUUGAAAAUUUUCUCCAUUCUGUUGUAAGAUAUGAAGGUUCAAUUCAACCAGAGAGUUUAAAGAUUUUAUUGGAAUAUACUUUAGCACGUGGAAAUCUAACAAGUAUUUUUAAAGUUCUAAAAUUACUGUAUGAAAUUGCUUUUGAAGAUUUUGCUGCUGCCGAAAUUGUGAAAUCAUUAGAAGAUGUUCAACUUAGAGCUACAAAGCAACAUGGUGCAAUCUUAAAGAUGUCUUUGUCUUCUUGUGAUGGAGGCCACAAAGAUAACCUUUCAAAACCAGAGAAUGUUUUGACAGACAACUGGUCAUCUGAAGCUUACUUAUCAGAGAGUGGGAAGACGAGAGUGUCAAUGAUGUUUUCAAGCGCUGCUUCUGUUCGUGUUAAACUGACAAGGUUAAUCAUCAAGGUGUCCAAAGGAGAAAUUGGUCCAUCACAUGGGUUGGUGUUUGUUCUGGAUGAUUUAAAAAGAGAUGAAAAAGAAAAAGAACGUGAAGGAAAUGGACAUGAAACAGAUGCAUUAAGCAAGUACAAUGACUGGACCAAAGCUACAUACACAGAUUAUUUAGCAAGUUCUAAGGAGAAAUCAGAGAUCAAUCACGAUGAGCCAGUGGCCUUUUUUGCGACAGAGGAGGACUGGGAUGAAGUUGAAGUUCAUGUUGAUAGGAUUUUGACGGGAAAGUAUGUUGUGGUGAAGUUUCUUGGAGCAAGGAAAGAAAGCGCUGAAAGAAUCGGAGUGCUAGGAGUCAGCUUUUUUGGUUAUGAAGUCAAGCUCAACUGUCCUUUACAUGAUGAUUUGCACUUGAAUGAUGUGGCUCCUCUACCGAGUGGAAACACUGUAGAAGGCUCAACUUUGUUUAUUCGAGUUCUUUCAUUUCUUGAUGAAAUGGCUAAGGACCAGAUUCGUCUGAAAUCAAGACCUAAGAAUCCACCUUUAUUUAAGGAGAAGGAAGGUCAGCUAGAAAUGAGUAGUGUCAGUCUGGAGCUAAUCUGGGAUGUUUAUUCACUUGUUACAAGCAGAGGAGUAACACACAAGAAGAUAGUUGUGUCUAGUUUGCUUCUUCUUCGUCUGUUCCACCAAAGCCUUCCAUACUUGAAAUCCAACAUCAGAGAACUGGUAGCUGACAACACUGACAAGGCAGCAUUUGAAAAGCAACAAGAACUGUCUUCCAAAGUUUUUGCUCAUUUGUGUGAUGUUGUGGAUGAUAACAAGCAGUUUUACGAUGAGAAGAUUCAUCAGAUUUCAAAGUUGAUUAUCUUAGAAGGAGCAGAGAUUUUCUUCCCAGACUCGCAGACAAGACGAAGUCAUCUUCUGUCCAUGGUGGAUCAAGUGAUGGAAGAAAAGAAAGCAGUGUCUCUUGGUCUGACAUUUGAGUCACUUUGUAGAUUCUUCAGUAACAAAGAUGCCAGUGGUCUUCUUGGACUUCCCAAUGCUGUGACAGAGGAAGGGUUUGACUGCGGACCUGUUCUUGGUGUCAUGACAACACUACUGUCCGUAGCAUUUCAAGAGUGCCUCACUUGUUUGGCAGCAAGUGAUCAAAGUCACAAUGAUUCGACAUCUAACCUUGUUCAGUUAUUGUGUGCAAUGCAAAGAAGUCUUCUCACAUGGUGCAGCACACAGAUCAAAAGUGGAAGUUCAUUUGGCCAGGAUGUUGCAACGACACUUGUAAUAGAAUACGUUGCUAUUCUCGCCAACAAAGUGUUCCUGUCACUUCAGGCGGUAAAUGAUGCAGAGGAUCAACUGACCGUGAUUGACAGACUUGAACACUCAUAUGUGUCGGCAGCCAUGAGGCAGCUGGUUCUCUUUCUUAACUUGUUUACAAAUGUGGAUUCCAUUUGUAUGCCAGUACUCAGAAGCCUCCAACCAGUGACUCUGGAGUUAAAGAAAUUUUCAAACAAAUAUCCAGAGCUUUUCUUUAAAAUUGAUUCUGAAGAGUGGAAUAAGACCCAGGGACAGACUGUGCUGAGAACAUGGGAGGUGGAGUCUGCGCACAACUACGAGAACAACCAAGACGUCAAAAUGGUUUUUAACUGUCCUGGUUGUUCUGAAUUUACUGUUGAGUUUGAUCCACGAUGUGAAACAGAAAGAAGAUAUGAUUACUUAGAAUUUACAGAUUCAAAUGGAAAUAAAAAACGUUUUGAUCAAAAGGUUGACACUGAAAAGUGGCCGAAGAGCGUAAACUUCAAAGCUGGAAAUCGCCUGCUGUUUAAUUUUCACUCAGAUGGCAGUAACAAUGAAUGGGGGUACAAAUUCAAAGUAACUGCAAAAGGUUCUCCAGAUGUAGCUUUGUCGUGGAUUUUCGAUCUACAGCUUGGAAUGGCUCGCCUGUUUGGUCAGCUCUGUAGUGCUGCUCUGGAUAGUAGAAAAGCCUCCCCAACAGUGACAAAUGUAGACAACGAAGAAGAAACCAAGUUACUACAGAGUGAGAUCUGGACCACCCUUUUUCGUGGAGGAUAUAUGACAGGCAAACUGCAAAGGUCUCUUUCUGGUUACCACGCAACAACAGGUACUCCAGUGGAAAGUUCCGUCAACUCCUUCCUCCACGGGAUCAUGAGUGGUGAUAACAGCACCAUGGAAGACGUUAUUAAAAGGUGUCGUGAGAAGGCCCCUGGGCCAUUUAUUGGAGGUCCUCUGGUAGACAAAGCUGUACACUCUGUCUUUGCUGCUCUCAUUUGGCAUUCGCAGGAAUUGAGGGACCAGGUUGUACUUUUUGCCAAUAGCACACCUCCUGAAGCUGUCCCAGAAGGCGUUCAAGACGCGUAUUUAACGGCGGAGUCUCUCAGACGUGGUUUGGUUGAUCGUCGCCAGCGUUUGAUUCUGCAAGCUGAAGAAGAAUCUACCCAGGAAAGCAGCUCUUCUCAAAAAAUCAACCCAGACACACCUGUGAUCGCCUGUAAAGAAAAGGCACAGUUUCUUCUCAAGUUUGCUGGGUUGCAGAGAAUCACUGACAAAAGCGCAGAGGGAAGAGAAAACAGACGUUCCAAGUGGUUAAGCAGGAAGUCAUCUUGGCAAAGGACAUCUACAGAGCCUAGUGGGAGUCUAUUGUUAGGACCCAGGCAGAGAACGCUGUCACUUGAAGAGAUCAAGACUAUUGACAAACACCCAGCAUUCAAACUGAUCCUUGACUUUGUGACAAACGAUUCGUAUUCUCAUGAAAGAAUCCAAGCCCUGUUGCAGCAGAGAGUGAAACAUGCCAACGCUGUUGCUGACAUUUACCUCUUUGCUGCCGAAUUUCUACGCAUUUCUUCGGAAACCGACCUCGUCCAGGCUCCGGCUGUUCUUUUCUUACAGCAGUUUCUGGCAUCCCAAAAGUUCUUUCCAAGGCACUAUGCUGACAAUCUUGAUGGCUGUGGUUUGAACCUGGAGGGUAAAGUACGGCGAGCUUACUACGCGCUGGUGAGACGAUGUCUAGAAGGAGUCAAAUGUUAUCAUUCGCAAGAUUCAAGCCAAAGGCCAAGUUCUGCGGCGUUUGAGUGUCUACGAGCUUUUGUCCUUCAUCUUCUUGACACCGAAUGGAAGGGUUAUGAUCACACGUUUGUUCUAGAUGUUCAUCUGCCUGAGUUCCUGCUUGACACAGCGAAAGCGACCAUAGUAAACCCCAAUAAAGAUGUGAAGGACAUGAGUGAGCAGCAGGAACUGGACCACUAUGAAGAAGGCAAUACCUGGUUAGAGGAAGCUAAGCGGGACAUGUCCUGGGUCUACCGCCUGCAACACGAAGCACAGACGGUCGAGGAACGGCGGCGAAUGCAUUUAUUCGUGGCACGGUUCUCGGACAUUCUUGAUGUGUCGAUAACAUGCAAUGGCUGUGAUGUCAGCCUGUCAGGCAGGCGAUACCGAUGCCUCGACUGCUUGGAUGUUGACUUGUGCAAUAGCUGUUACACGAACGGUAUGAAGCCUGAUGGGCACUUGGAAAGUCACACCGUUAUUGAUAUGAGGUUCAAGUGCGAUGAGUGUCAGAGUUUUAUAGUUGGUACGCGGUUUCACUGCAACGAGUGUGACGACUUUGACUUGUGCAUUGGAUGCCAUUCAUUUGGCAAGUUCCCAGAAAGACACUCCGCGUCCCACAAAAUCACCAAAUUUCCACUGAAGACAGGUUCACUUCUAGACACGACCACAAAUGAUCCUACGAGUCGUGUCCAAAUGUACACUCAUCACCAUGCCUGGCUUCAGUUCGCUGCUUUAACUCUUACGCUGGCUAAUUCUCUCAACGAACCAAACAAGUCUGUCUUUAGCUCGGACUACCUGCUAACCGCUGGCCAUCUUCACAUGGAAUGCCUUGGUCUCAUCACAAAAUGCUUAAGCCACGCCUCCUGUAAACCAGAGACAGGCGACAGUGGAACAGACAGUGCAGAGUCCUCUGGGGAGGCAGCAUCUUCAACUGCUGCUGCGGCUCCGGAGUCCAUCCCCGAAGGUGAGAGUACAGAGGAAGCAGAAGGUGAGGCUGCUGUGACGCAAGCUAAGGAGGCAGAUGUCUCAGGAGUAGCUGAAGCCAAAGACGCUCCGGAAACGGUUUCCGAAAAGGGAAAGGGUCCAGAAGAAAGCACUCCUCAGACGGACAAAGAAACAAAGCAAGGAGAUGAUGAUGUAAAAAGUGAGGAGUGUUCGUCUGAGAGUAAAGUUGACGGGAUUGAUAAACAGCAAGACACAGAAGCACGGAGCCCUGAAGACAUUGAAAAAGUGUUUGCUAGCAAAACACAGGAAAGACUCAUAGGACUUCUUGGAGCGGUUCUUCCGCAGGAUUCAAAGAUCAGGCACUGGACAACUUACUGCUCUGGAAUAGAAGAAUUUAUGUCUGAUAAAUUCCUUCCUACCUUGUUAAAAAUUAUCAGGAAUGGCGAAUCUGAUGACAAAACUAAAAGUCUUGCUCUUGGUAUUCUUGGCAAAUUUCUCCAGUGUACGAGCCCUGAUGUUGCCGAUCGCGGAGUAGCGCCAUAUUACACAUUACCUGUCAAAACAGAGAGCGAAAGCAGUGGUGGAGAGAGAUCAUCUGGCAAGGCAACAGUCGAGUUUCUCUUUCAGCUCGGAGCGGAGUAUCUAGCAAGAUCAGAUCUCAACGCGUCGUCUGGCAUGGCGUCCACAUUACAGCAGCUUGCCAGCUCGUCUCAGUGGCAUCCCAGUAUAGCAGAUCAUGUAGGACUGUGUCUGGAACGAUUGGCUCAACCUGCAGCCGAGAAUGUAGAAUUAAGUGCCGUUUUUGGACUCCUUGUUUUCGCGAGAUUUCCUGAUGUUGUUCGGACGGGGUCUGUGGCGGAAAUGAAGGAUCUUAGUGGAGAGAAACGGAGAGUUGUGGUUUUAAAGAAUUACCCCGACAAGGGAUCUGUCACUGUUAUGGAUAUCAAGUCACGCAAGAAGAAAACGGUCAAAGAACACCUCCUCGAGGAAUCUCCAGCACUGAGUGAAACUUUCAAGACUUCAAGAUUUUCAGUUCUUCUGGACAUUGUUGUUAAAAUUCUUCAACUUCUAAGAGACAAAAAAGCCGUUCCAGUGGAGAGAAUGUGGGUUCUGUAUCUUGCAUUAAAGGGACUCCUGGGUAGCAUAAAGGCCAAUUCCAAUUUGAGUCUUAAUUCAGAGAUGGUAUCCAGUGGUAUUGUGUCACUGCUCGCCAACAUCGCUUGCCAGGGAACAGCAUUUAGCAGUCAGUGGAUUUUGCGAGACUUAGAGGUGUUAUCUCUUAAACUCUACAAAUCCGAGCAACCUUCUGCGGCGACUGCUACUAAACCUGCUGACAAAGAGGAGAGCAAAACAGAAGAGAAGACUACACAGGAAUCUGGAGUUACUUCUACAACGAUGGCGACCAUUGCUAUAGUGAAAGAAGAUGAAGGAGGACAUGAUCCACUCGGAGGGCUUGAUGAUAUCACUAAAACAUGCUUUGAGACUAUCCACGAAGCAAUGAACGUUUCUUGUUCAGUGUUAAGAGCCAUUUAUGAGAAUGUUGAACACGAUCAGAGCCGGCUGCUGGUGGAAGUACAGAGAGGGUUUGACGGAGCGGCUUUUCAAGUAUCUGACGAGAUAAAAGAACAAGCGAAGAAGUGGUAAAAUAACUUUUGUACAUCAACGACGUUUGAAAAGUUUCAUAAGGAAGCAUUAGCC